GACGUCUCCGUCCUUGUCCGGCCUUUUAUAAAGAGGAGCCUGUGUGCUGGUGGCUGACGCCCAUCGGGCUGUGGACUGAGACUGAGGGACAGGAGCGGCCAGGUGGACCUGACCCAGUCGGUCGGUCAGUCGCAGGGGGAUGUGCCUGGGGAAGAUGAAGACCUGCCUGCUGCCCGGGGUGGCCCUCUGCCUCUUGCUGGUGCCUCUGGUGGGGGCCAAGCCUGUGCAGGAUGAGGGAGACCCAUAUGCCGAGCUGCCGGCCAUGCCCUACUGGCCCUUCUCCACCUCUGACUUCUGGAACUACGUGCAGUUCUUUCAGACAAUGGGGGCCUACCCCCAGAUCGAGGACAUGGCCCGCACCUUCUUCGCUCACUUCCCCCUGGGAACCACCCUGGGCUUCCACGUCCCCUACCAGGAGGACUGAGGGGUCCCCAGCCUGGCGCCCUGACCUCAUCAAUAAACUCCUGACUUAAAAUGCACAA